AUGAAGCUCCCGUUCCGAUUCCCAACUCUCCUCGUCCUCCCCACUCUCCUGGCAACGCUGGCCGUCGCCAACGUCGAAAAGGUCAUCUUCCUAGGUCCUCCGACCGUCGAGGUCCCCAGCCAGAAACCCACCCUGUCCGAUCUUCACCUCGACACCCUGACACCUGAGACGACGACGUCGUCGGCCGUACGUACCGAGCUAGACCGCGUCUUUCCGUCAGAGUCGGAGUCGGGGUCGGGGUCGGGGUCGGAGUCUGGACGGGCAACCUGGCUCUUGCUAAGAGGGCUGACCGAGGCCGCAUACGCCACAUCACGACUCGAGUCCGAGACGCACCACCCUGCCCCGGAGGGGAAGGAGACGAGCUACGGGGAGGAGAUGAGACGAGACCCGAGGGAGGGGGAGUCAGUCCUGCUCCUCCGCGUCCUCGCCGCGGCAGACUACUACGCCGACGACGCCGACCUGAUGGCCAACCCGCCCCCGGUGUUGGUCGACCUCAUCCUCGACCCGUUCCUCCUCAACGUCCUGCCGCGCUCCCUCGCCCCGACGGUGGGGUACGUCGUGGCCGUGGCCAUUGCGACCUGGUUCGUCGCCAGGGGUUUGGCAUCCCAACUGCGGACGUUUGCCAUCACCCGAGAACAGCGGGGGUCGAAAAAGGAUCAAUAA